UGGUGGGGAGUUGAGCUGCUGGGCAGGGAAUGAGAAACCACAAAUUGCCUCUCCCCUAACCUGUCCUGCUUGGUCCAUCUCUGCUUUCAGAUCGGCUGGGGAGUCUGGAGCAGGGAGGGGAGCCAGGGCCAGGACCUCCGCCUCAGCUUGGCUUUGCUGCUGCUGAAAGGGAUCUUGUCAGACCAAGAUGAGCCGGUCCCGGUGCAGCACCAUCUGUCGCCUGAGUGUCACUGAGACAAUGUGGACAGCAGGUUGGGAUGCUGGGAUUGAAGAGUCACUGCGGGAGUUGCGCCUUGAUGGCAAUAGAUACCUGGACACUGGCAGGGAACCAGAACCUCGUCAUCAUGGGAAGAAAUGUACAGUCGCCCUCACAGUUGCGUUCUUGGGUCUCAUCAUCGCUGUUGUUGUCCUGGCAGUGUUGUUACAUCAACGUACUUCAGCUGCCCUGGGCCCCAUGUGCCCUGCAUGCACAGACGGCUGGAUCGGGUACCGAGGGAAAUGCUACUAUUUCUCCGAGGCCAAAGGGAACUGGACCUACAGCCAGAAACACUGCUCCUCCCUCGGUGCCUCCCUGGCUGUGAUCGACACCCAGCAGGACUUGGAUUUCAUGCUGCGCUAUAAAGGCAACUUUGACCACUGGAUCGGCCUCUGGAGAGACCCGGGGCAGCCCUGGAAAUGGGCCAAUGGCACCGAAUUCAACCACCUGUUUCCGAUAACAGCAGAUGGGGACUGCGGGUAUCUGACUGAGAAUGGGGUCAGCAGCUUGCGGUGCACCAGCGAGAGACACUGGAUCUGCACCAAUCCUGAUCCGUUUACAAAGGCGAAAGGGGGCUGAUAAGGGUAUUGUGGAAACUAGCCCUGGAAAAACCUGAGUGUGAUCUCUGGCCAUCACAUCUGACAAAUUCCGGAAUAACAGGGAUUGCUCUGAGCACCAAGACAAUUAUCUCUGUAACCUUUUCAAAUAUUUGCUGGGGGUGCAGCUAGGGGCCCAGCUACUGCUCCUGAAGCGUUUGCCUGGGGCUGCCCAAGCAGUGGCUGGUGCGGCUGGCCCCGGAGCUGCUCGGGUGGCCCUGGGGUCAGCUGCACCGGGCCACUGCAGAAUCACGGAAAGUCACAAUCUGUGAUUUCCAUGACCUCUGUGAAAGACUCGCAGUCUUACUCAUGGGACACCUAGCGCCUGGUAUGUAGGAGUAAGGGGAGAGAGACCUCUGCUCACUCCCUUCCUCUAACCCACUGGGCUCCAGGGCAGGGAGUGAGUAGGUACCAGCUCAUGCCAUGAGUGAGUAGGUACACAGACCAGGUACCAGCUCAUGCCAAAGUCCCCCGUGUUUCAGUAGGACACUGAGAAAUCCCCAGCUGGGGUCAGGCUGGCUCACCUGUGUUAAAAUAGGUAUUAACAUUAUAAGAAUCUGCUUAGACUUUAUUGAAUGCUUGUGCGCAGCUGCCAGCGUUAAUUCACUUCUGACAGUCAUAUCCCACAUUGUAAGGCGAUAUUGGAGCGUUUAUACUGGGAGCCUCUGACUGUGUAACACACCAGAGGGGAGAGAGGCAUUAAGCAGUGUGAAGUGCUGAUCUCCAGCAGCCCAGAGCACAAGGGAGAGGGUGGAAUACAAACCCCAAACAAGAAAUAACUAUACUGAUCUCUGUGCUGCUUGGAGUCCCUGUUUAAAUAUGGAUAGUACUAUAGUGAAUGAAACAAUGGAUUCAUGCUACUGUGGCUCUUUUGGGUAAUGUUGGUCGCUAAUUUGGCUUCUGAAUCAUUGAGCAUCACUGCUAUAGAUGGUUGUUACCUUGUGAAACUUAAGAUUCUAGUUUAGUUGUGUGUGUAUAUAUGUAAAUAAAUCCUCUUUUUUGAUACAUUGUCCUAUAAUAAACUUGAUACAAACUUUG